GCAGGAGGAUAAGGAUCAAGCAGUGAAGCAAAGCCUUCAAUUUCUGUUACUCGUCCCACGCUUCCCAAUCUGCACAAUUUUUGGAGUUUUUCUCUUUCCCACCCUUCGUGUCAACGUCUUCUCCAAUCAAGAAUAGCCCAUAACCCUUAAUUUUUGUAUAAAAAUCCCCCCUUUUCUCUCUCCUUGCCCUCCUCCCUCGUUCUUCUUCGUUUUUUCUGUCUCUUUUAUCUUCCAGCAUCAUGGAGCCUAACACUGAGGCCUUGCGGCGGAUGGCCAGGAUCGCUGCCCAUCUCCAGCCUUCCAGCACCCAGAUGGAGGGGAGUUCAUUACUAAGGCGUGAGAACUGCCGGGCAAAAGGAGGUGCCCCAGGAUUUAAGGUUGCGAUAUUGGGGGCUGCCGGAGGAAUAGGGCAGCCCCUUGCAUUGCUGAUGAAGAUGAAUCCUUUGGUCUCAGUGCUGCAUUUGUAUGAUGUGGUCAAUACACCUGGUGUCACUGCAGAUAUCAGUCACAUGGAUACUGGUGCAGUGGUCCGUGGAUUUUUAGGUCAACCACAACUGGAAAGUGCACUCACUGGAAUGGACCUUGUCAUUAUUCCUGCCGGCAUCCCCAGAAAACCUGGAAUGACAAGGGAUGACUUGUUCAAGAUCAAUGCUGGAAUAGUCCAAACACUUUGCGAAGGAGUGGCUAAAUUCUGUCCGCAUGCAAUUGUGAACUUGAUAAGUAACCCGGUGAACUCUACCGUCCCCAUUGCAGCAGAAGUUUUCAAGAGAGCUGGAACUUAUGACCCCAAGCGUCUCUUGGGAGUCACGACACUUGAUGUCGUGAGAGCCAAUACAUUCGUGGCGGAAGUGCUAGGAGUCAACCCCAAGGAUGUUAAUGUUCCAGUUGUCGGUGGCCACUCUGGGGUUACAAUUUUACCUCUUUUAUCACAGGUUAACCCUCCAUGCUCAUUCACUCCAGAUGAAAUCAGUUAUCUGACUGAUCGUAUUCAGAAUGGUGGAACAGAAGUUGUUGAGGCGAAAGCUGGUACCGGUUCUGCGACGUUGUCAAUGGCUUUCGCUGCCGCCAAAUUUGCUGAUACGUGUUUGCGAGGAUUGCAUGGUGAUGCCGGAAUUAUUGAAUGCUCAUUUGUCGCUUCUCAGGUGACUGAACUACCCUUCUUUGCGGCAAAAGUACGAUUAGGCCGUGGCGGAGCCGAAGAGAUAUUUCCUCUCGGUCCAUUGAAUGAGUUUGAGAGGGUUGGAUUGGAGAAGGCAAAGAAAGAGUUGGCAGGAAGCAUUGAGAAAGGAAUUUCUUUCAUCAGGAAGUGAAUGGAAGUAUAAAACAUAUAUAUAGAUGUUAAGUGUUUUAAGUGUGUUUCACUUGUUUUUCCAUUUAUAAAGAAGUUAGUUUUAUGUGUCGCCACUCUGCUACACCGCCUACACUUCCUAAUGUAAAUUGACAACUACUUUAAAGAAAUAAUAAUAUGGGAAUUACUUUACUU